AUGUCAGGCAAGGACGUCAAAGACCUCCUAGACCUCAUCGCCGCGUUCAAGUCCAACCUCCAACACAAACAGUUCUAUCAAGCUGAAAAGCUUGUUCAGAAAACAGCUCCAAUACUUCACAAACUGGGCGCCUUUUCUCUAACAGAUUCAGUCGAUGAUAAACUCUUUUGCCUCGCACGUGAAGCCCUAGAACUAUCCACCAUCACCUCACUGCGCCUUGGAGAGAAUGACCCAAAAAACCAAGUCCUUUUCACCACCGGCUACAAGCUACUGAAGCCAUUCUACGACAGAGAGCAAGCACUUCAAAUGGCCAAAGACCCCGCGCUGCAGCGUCUAAAUCCAAGUGCCAGCCAGAGAAACAAGAUUACGGCUCUAUAUCUGGUGUAUUUGUUGAAAUUCGGGGGGUUCGUCGGGACAAACAAAAUUGCUGAGGAAUUUGAAAUAUUUUCUCCGGUCCUGCUAAGUACAAUCCGAAUGUGGAUGGCCGCCAGCGCUGAAAAGGCAUACGAAUCCCUCUCCAUAUCGAGCGCCAAAGAUGUUCUAAAACUAGAUUCUGAAGGAGAUGUCGUUGAAUUUGCACAAGCUCGAGGCUGGGUUCUCAGGGAUGGGAGAAUAUAUUUCCCUCAAUCAGAAGUGGAACACACACAAGGUUCGGAGACGAGUGUUUCACACGCCAGCCGCGCGAUUAUUGAGAAUGGCAUUGGCUAUGCUCAGCAGUUGGGGACGAUCGUGUAA